AUCGUUCGUAUAUGAGAUUAACAGAAAAGGAAGACGAAACGUUGCCCAUAGAUAUAGUUCUCCAGACUCUGUUAGCCUUUGCAGUUACCUGCUAUGGGAUAGUACAUAUCGCAGGAGAAUUUAAAGACAUGGAUGCCACUUCAGAACUAAAAAAUAAGACAUUUGACACAUUAAGGAACCAUCCAUCUUUUUAUGUAUUUAAUCAUCGUGGUAGAGUAUUGUUCCAGUCCCCAGACACAGUGAAUUCUUCUUCAAACCAAGAUGCUUUGUCAUCCAGCUCGUCACUGAAAUUUCGAAAACUUGAACCUCUGCGCCGCUAAGACUUUUACAGAUUAUAAUAAUAACCCAGGACACUGAGAUGUAAUAUUCAAGUCGGGGAUGUAAACACUUUUUUAAUUUCUGGAGCAGUAUUUAUAUUGAUCUUCCAGACUUUAUAAAGUAUAUAUAUAUAUA